AUGCCGAAGGCUGCAGUACACCCCACUGGCUCAAACUUCCGGCGGGCUGCGAAGCUUGAUGUCGUAUCGCGGGUGCGAAUGCUCAACCAGAUGGGGCUUCUCAAGGAGCGACCCAGGUGGUUGGAGUGGUGCCAGCGUGUUCCUCCAAUGGAGAACCACAACUUGCACCUGCAGGCGCGAACGAUCCGCAAUCCGUACCCACAGAUGGUUGAUUUUCUCCUGAAGAAGUAUCCGGACCUCCGGUUCCAGGAUUGCUACGUUGAUGGGAACGAUUGGUCGGCCGGGAACGAUGCAUACAGAGACGAUCAUCCGGUGAUGCAGUUCGUGGCCCAGCAGCUGAAGCUCAUGCGGGAAGAAGGCUUGACAAAGCGCGAGGCCUUCAAGCGAACAGAAGACAUCUUUCGAGAGAGGCGAGAGUCUCUUGAACGAGAGCAGAAAGUAAUGAUGGCAAUGGCCAUACGAGAAGGCUUCAAGCCCAUGUUCAGCACAGGGCGUGCUUACCUGGAGGUGGAGAAGGCGCGAAUCGAAAGUGGGCACCUGACCAGAAUCAUAAGUGCACUUCGCAAGCAGAGAGCGUCGGCAGAGGAAACACGAGACUCCGAGGCCGCGCAGGAGGCGGUGACAAGGAGGGAAUUGAAGCAAGCAGUGGAAGAGGCUGCGCAGAUGGCCAGGCAAGAUGCCGCAAAGAAAAAGGAGCGGGAGGAACAAAUCAGGCAAGACGAGGCGAAGGUUCAGGAAACGCUGCAACAGCUGCAGGCGGCCCAGGAAUCCCAGGAACCCAAGGAAUCCCAGGCGCCCUUCCCGAUCAGCGAGGACCAGGCUCCGACACAGACAGAGACACAUCCCCCAGAGGAGUUUGACCAAGAGCAGGAGGACCAGAAAAGGAGGCUGGAUUCUAGAACAGCAACCGAGAUGGACCUCCGAACUCGAACCACACCCGGAGCGGCCGGACAACAACGAACGGACCAGGGUGUGUCUCAGAUGCUCAAGUCGUCGAAGUUGGACCGGAGUCGUAUGGACGAGAGCCAGGAAGGAGAGGGCUCAUCAUCUGACAGCGACGACGAAAAUAGCAAGAGGUGA